AUGUUGCCCAUCACGUUACUUAAAAUUGUGCUCUUCACAAUUUCCUUAUCAUUCGUGAAUUCGUACAAAAUUCUCGUUAUUUAUCCGACGGGAUCUUAUAGUCAUCAACGCCCUCAACAAGAAGUAUCAAAAGGACUUGCUGCAGCUGGUCAUGAAGUUACAAUUCUAACUCCGAACCCUUUUGAGACAAAUGACCCGAAAAUUCGUCAAAUUGACAUCAAUGUAACGUAUAAUGCCAUGAAAGUAUUCAGCAUGUCCGAUAGAAUUGGAAGAUAUGGAUUUUUCGAGUUUUUUGGAGUAUACAUUAAAAAUAUAUCUGAAAGUGUCUUUGAGAUUCCUGAAGUAAUGGAAAUUUAUAAAAAGACAAAAAAUGAGAAAUUUGAUGCAAUUGUUAUGGAACCACUUUUUCACUUUCCAUUUUUUGUGAUAAAGGAAAUUUAUGAUGCUCCGAUGAUUGGCUUGGCUUCGCUCGAAAUGAUGCCGGGUUUUCAUAAAGCAAUGGGAAAUGUCAUUCAUCCGGUUUUACAUCCAAGCUUGUUUUUGGAACAAGUAGACAAACCUUCGUUAUGGGAGAGAAUUGACAUGGUAUAUUUCCAAUUUUGGUUGGAUUAUUACGAUAACUAUCUAUUGAGACCCGCAUCUGAUGCGAUUAUUGAGAAAUAUUUCCCUGAAUUAAAAGUCAAAUCAGAUUCGCUCAUUAAAAGUUUUGACUUUAUGAUUGAAGGAAGUACGCCGGUACUUGGAACUGUUCGACCUUUAGUUCCAAAUACAGUUCAAAUAGGAUUCUUGCAUAUCACUGAACCAAAGAAACUUCCUACAGGACUUCAAACGUACUUGGAUGAAUCUGAAAAUGGCGUCAUUUAUUUGAGUUUUGGAUCAAAUGUGAAAAGUGCUCAAUUAAGACCUCAAGUGAGACAAGUGUUGAUAGAAACAAUUAAAAAGUUGAAAUACAAUGUCAUUUGGAAGUUUGAAAAUGAAACACUUGCCGAUAAACCUGACAAUUGUAAAAUUCAAAAAUGGCUUCCUCAGCAAGAUCUUUUGGCGCACAAAAAUAUCAAGUUGUUCAUAACUCAAGGAGGACUUCAAUCUAUGGAAGAAACAAUCUCUCGAGGAGUUCCAGUUGUUGUUAUUCCCUUCUUUGGAGAUCAAGAUGCAAAUGCUGAUAGAAUUGUGAAACUUGGAAUAGGAAGAAGAGUCAAUUUGGAUGAACUAAGUGUGGAAAAACUUGAAGCUAAUAUCUUAGAAGUGAUCAAUAAUCCAAAGUAA